UACGCUACUAACGGCGUCUCACGCUGCGCUAUUGCGCAUGUGUUUGUUCCACAAGUCUUAUAAUAAUAACUGUAAUAACUACUCCAUCAAUACUGGUAGGCAUUAGUAGGUAUAAGUAAAGUGUGUGUGAAAUCGUAAAGAAGUAAUAGAAGUUACAAUAGAAGUUAAGGUUUGAAGUUGAGUCUAUUAAAUUUGUUCUACUGCGAUGACUAACUGAACAGUGAGGCAUGCAAACCAUGUGUUAGGAAAUUUAAAUAAUUUCAAUAAUUGAAGAUAUUUUACUUACAUAAAGAUAUUUUGUGAACAUAGUGAAAAUGGCGGAAUUACCAAGCGAUAAUACAAAUGAAAAUGAAAGUAAUAACAGAAAUGAAAAUGAAAGUGAUAACAAAAAUGAUGAUAACAUAAGCUGUAACACAAGUGAUAACACAAGUGAUAAUAUAAAUGAUAACACAAAUGACACAAAGAAAGCUAGUUGUGAUGCAAGGGAAGCUGUUCGUAGGCAAUUUUAUAAAAACCACAUAAAAGGAGAUUAUUUUAAGUUAGACAUUGAUGAGAUUACACCUCAAGAAGAAAGACGUAGACUAUUAUUAGAAUAUCAGAAGAAAUUUAGAGCAGAAACUAUUGAUGCUGCACGUGGUAUGCAUUUAAAACAGUAUUCUAUAUCAGAAAACGAAGAACAUAUGGAUGAGGAAUAUAUAGAGGAGGAAUAUAUGGAAGAUGAAUAUAUGGAUGAUGAAUGUGAGCAAGGAGAAUGUAUGGAAUGUGAAGAACAGAAUGCAAAAAAGUAUUGGAAAAAACAUAUGGAACAUAGAGAAGCAAAUCAUAUUUGCAAUAAAAAAGAUCUGAACUAUAUGAAAGUGGAAGGGUAUGCUUCGUGGCACUACAGGAUUAUUCCAAAUCAGUCCAAAACUUAUAGAAUGAUGCUAUCAGAAUGGAUGCUAGAUGCGCCGCAAGAUUUCACUGAAAAAUGGAUUAUGGUUCCAUGUCCAAUAGGACAUCGAGUUAGGCUCAUCUCAGGCUGGGGUGAAACAAAGGCAUAUUCUAGAGCCGGCAUUAUACAUGCUGUCUUCCCUUCAGCACUUCCAGGUGGAAAUCCUUCUAGUAACAUGCAUCACUCUGCUGCUAUAGAUGGAAUUUGGGUAAAGAGUCAAAAAGUUUUUUAUGUAUUAGAUGUAUUGUAUUGGAGUACUUUACCACUCACAAAUUGCCAGAGUGAGUUGAGGCUAUUUUGGCUCAAAACCAAGUUCAUGGAAACACCAGAAUUAAAAAAACGCACUGAUAUAAAUAAAUAUCCUAUUUUAUCUAUACCAAAUAUCGAUUGUAACUUGGACUUAAGUUCCGCUUUAGAAAAUCUUGAUAGCAAACUGUAUCCCUUGGAUGGAUUUCUAUUUUAUCAUCGCGAAGCGAUAUAUACUUAUGGAUGCACUCCACUUGUGACAUGGUUAAAACCUUUUAUGUUAUCUGAAGUACUUGGAAUAUCUGCGCCUUCAUUGUUUAAUGAGAAACCAGAUGAUUACAUAGAUUUUCAACAUCAUUUGCAAAAAAUAGAAGCCAAAAAAUGUAACAAAACCACGACUGCUAUGAAUUCCAUGGAAAUAGAAGGCGUUGCUUAAAUUAAGGACCCAUUUUUUUUAAACAUUAAUGAUCUCAAACUAGAAAUAAUUUAGAAUGAAUUUCGCCUUCAACUCAAUUUUGAUAAACCUGAUUACAAACUAUAUCCUGUGGAUGAAUUUUUAUUUUGCUAUUGCAGAACGUAAAUUUGAAUAUAUGUAAUUUGUGGAAAAACCUUUUAUAUUAUAUCUGAAAUGCUUGACACAAACUGUGUAAAAUUACUACUCAUUUUUUUAUUAACAAAGAUACAAUGUCAUUUAUUUAAAAUUUUUAUAUCCUAUUUCUUUUAUUAUAAUAAUGACACGAAAUAAAUAAUUAUUGCAAUA